GCCGGGUGAGUUUCCGGCCAGCUCAGCAGCCGCCUUCCGCCGCCGCCGCGCCGAGCCGGGCACCGCGGGCUGCAGCGCCCUGACCAGCAGCAGCGGGGAGGAGGCCGCGGAGGCGCCGCCGCCAUGCUGAGCGUGUUCCGCUCCAUCCCCACGCAGAUGGACUACAAGGGCCAAAAAUUAGCAGAACAGAUUUUUCAAGGAAUCAUUCUUUUCUCUGCAGUAAUUGGUUUCAUCUAUGGAUACAUCACUGAACAGUUUGGAUGGACUGUCUACAUAGUUAUGGCUGGAUUUGCUUUAUCAUGUUUGCUGACGCUCCCUCCGUGGCCCAUGUACCGCCGCAACCCCCUCAAGUGGCUGCCUGUGCAGGAGUCGGGCACAGAAGAGAAGAAAUCGGCAGACAGAAAGCCAAAGAGACACGCUAAAAGCUAAAAAUUACGGGUCUUCACGCUGUUACUUCGAUUUGUUCAAUGAAUUUCCACUGGGACAUA